ACUAGAAUUGAGAAUAAACGGAAAGCAUCCGCCAAGGCGUUAAAACCGUUGAUUUUUUUUUAGUGAUCCCAGUUUCUUCUCCGAAGUUUGCUUUCAAAAUACUGAAUAAAGAAAAAUUAGAAUUGUUGACCUCAAAACGGUAUGGACGUAAAGACUUUACAGGACAAUCUGGCUUAUUAUGGUCAAGAACACCUGCUGAAAUUUUGGCCAUCUCUGACUGACGAACAACGCACCUUACUGUACGAUGAUCUAGCUAGCCUAGACCUGGCCGAGGUGACAGAAAUCUUCCAGCACUGUAAUAUUACACCCUCUGAGGAAAAUGGGAAACUGGAUGAGCUCCUCCAGCCGAUCCCUUCCGAGCACCACGGGAGUUUGUCUCGCACCAGCCCUGAUCUUCUCGACAUUUACCGGAAAGAAGGUUUACGACAGAUAGCAGAGGGUCGGGUUGCUGUUCUUUUGCUUGCUGGAGGUCAGGGAACGCGACUCGGUGUAAAUUACCCGAAAGGAAUGUAUGACGUAGGACUACCCACACAAAAAACUCUCUACCAUCUUCAAGGCGAGAGAAUUGUUCGACUGGAGCAUCUUGCUGAGGAACUUACUGGAAAACGAGGCUCCGUACCUUGGUACAUAAUGACUAGCGGGCAUACAAUGGGACCAACCUUAGAGUUUUUUGCAAGCCACAACUACUUUGGACUCAGAAAAGAAAAUAUCGUUAUGUUUGAACAAGGAAUGCUUCCAUGCUUCACGUUUGAUGGAAAGAUUAUCCAACAAAGUCCGUGGAAGAUAGCUACAGCCCCAGAUGGAAAUGGAGGUUUGUAUCGUGCACUGAGGAAGAAAGGAAUUAUCGACGACAUGGAACGGCGUGGAAUUAAAUACAUUCACGUCUACUGUGUAGAUAAUAUUUUGGUUAAAAUGGCCGAUCCAGUUUUCAUUGGAUACUGCAUCAGCAAAGGGGCAAACUGUGCUGCAAAGGUGGUCGAAAAAUCUUUUCCGAUGGAACCAGUAGGCGUGGUCUGUAAAGUAGCCGGGAAGUACCAGGUUGUGGAAUACAGUGAAAUAACUCCUCGAACGGCACAGAAGCGUGGUCCAGAUGGUCGGUUGAUGUUUAACGCUGCUAACAUCUGUAACCAUUUCUUCACACUGGACUUUUUACGUGAUGUAACCAAUUCAAACAACCUGAAACAUCACGUUGCUAGGAAGAAGAUCCCUUAUACGAAUGACAACGGUCAGAUAGUGAAACCUGAAAAACCUAACGGGAUAAAGUUGGAGAAGUUUGUGUUCGAUGUAUUUGAAUUUACUAACAAAUUUGCAGUGUGGGAAGUGCUGAGGAAAGACGAGUUUUCACCCUUGAAGAACGCUGACGGAGCUGAGAAAGACACGCCUACAACUGCACGUGAAGAUUUAUUUGACCUGCAUCGGAGGUACCUGCAGAAAGCUGGUGGAAAAAUUGCUGAGGUCAAUGGACAUCCAGUUUCUUUGAUACACAAUGGUUCUUCGGUGUAUCAGAACGGUACUGCCAAUGAUCAUGGACAUCACAAUAAUGAUAGUUCUGAUACUCAAAACAAAAGCAUAAAACCUUACUCCAAAAGAACAGAAGUUUGCGAAAUUUCUCCACUGGUGACGUAUGACGGAGAGGGUCUUGAAGAAUUAGUGAAAGGAAAGACUUUUGUCCCCCCUGUGAUUCUGGAUUUUCCAUAUGAACACAACUUUCAUCAGAAUGGUCCUAAUAAUAUCAGGAGUGACUAAGAGCAUGGACUUCCUAAAGCAUACAACAAUGCAUUUUUUUAUAUAAAAGUACCUUUUUUAAAGUUUAAAAAAAUGU